ACAUCUAACGAUGAUUUAUAUUUAGAUCGGGAUCGUUAUUCAAAAGACAAUGUUUACAAAAACAUGUUGAACGACGAAUUUACAGAGCUACUAAAAGAAGCCAAAGAAGUAGAGAAGAAAACACCCAAAGAGAAGAGGCCUUUGUUGGAGAGUGUAGUACAGACUUGUAAGAAGUACCUCUCCACUAAAGAGCCCACUCCUAUAGAAGCCUGUCAAGAGUAUGCUAAAGCAGUGCUGGACUACACCUUCAUUGAUGAGGGUUUGUUGGUAGAUGAGAACUUCCCCAGGGACAGCUGGAAGCAAAGAAUUCUGUCCAUCUUCAAUGACAUUGAUGGUAUACAAGCUGUAGUAAAGAGACUCAACCCAGAGAAAGAAAAUGUAGAGAUGGUUGAUGUGCUGGGCCCAGAGAUUGUGGAGUGCAUGGCCUGGAGGAAAGGGGCCCUGAUGUACAUGUACUGUGCCACUAUUCAGGAAGAAGAUAAGGACAGGAUUAAGGAAGAUCCACAGUGCCAUGCUGAGCAAAUAGAAUGUGGCAUUGACCUUCUUCAGAAGAUGUUGAUGGUAAGAAGUCCUCUAGAAGUUGAGCAGGACAGCAAAGAGAGAGAUGUGGAAACACUUCUAAGAUUGGGUAUAUACAGUGACACACAUUUAUUGGCCAUGAUGUACACAGGUGAGCUGUGUUACUGGUAUGCACAGCUUAAACACAACCACAAGAUUAAUCCCACACCAGCUGUGGACGAGAAAAGAAUUGGCAUCAAAUAUUUGCAAGACUAUUUAAAAGCAGUUAAAGGGCCAUUAUCUGUACAAGGAUGGUCUACAGAGAGAGCUGAGCAACUACUGGAUUACCUACAAAAGGGGGCUUCUUAAUAUAGAUCAUCUACAGUGCACAUGUAAUCGGACCAGAUAUGAAAGACUCUUUAAACUAGUACAUGCACUAAGAUAUUAAAUCUUUGAUUGAUAUCUUAUCAAAAAUGUAAAUGAUAAGCUUUGAUAAACUUGAAAUACAAUUACCUGUUUUAUGUUUUAAGGAAAUUCAUUGGCUUGAUGAUCAGAAUAGAUUAUGAAGUUGUACUGAAUAAUACUAAGUUGGGUUUCAUGUUUUAAAAAUACUAACAGAUUAUAAAGAUUUAAGUAAUCGUGUUACUUACAUGUUUAUGCAUGAGUUGGGGCCCAUUAUGCUAUGAGUUUAAGGGUUGGGUUUGUAUUUUUAUAGAUUUAAGGGCUUACAUUAUAUUACAUAGAAGAGUAACCCUUGUUUUAAUAUCCUCUAUUUCCAAAUUUGUAGUUGAUCAAAAUCAGUUUACUCUAUCUACAGAUAAUUGUGGAGAAAACUAAACAAUGUUUAAGCUUUUUUUUUUACUUAAUGUUCAAUCUACUAGAUUCAAUGCACAUUUAUAUCUUUAUGUACAAAAGUGUGUGCAUAUAUAUAUUUUUUAGAUAAAUAUCAUUAGAUGUACCUGUAUAUAAAAUUAUUGUAUUAAUUAAAUUCAAACUGGAGAGGGGAAAUACACAUAUUGUUAAUGCAUUCAGUACUUUGACAUCAAACAAUUGAGAAAAUAUGCUUGCAAAUAUUUUUUUUUAUGAAAGCAUUUUUUGGCUCUGAGAUUUUGCCAUAGAUAAUUUUGUUUUAAUGGUAAAGAGGUUUCUUGUGAAGAUAUUUAAAUGCACUGGAUGCUUUUGUGUAUAUACCUGCUUCAGUAUAAAGCAUUUGCAGUCUGAAGUAGCAAUAAAUACUCAACUGUCUGAGCUGUUUGCUUUGUGAAGAGAGUAGGCAAUUACUUAAUAUAUUGUGUAGACUGUUGUGGUUGGAAGGUUCUCAUUUCUAUCUUGUAUCGUUACACAACCAGGUGAAAUGAUUUUAUAAUUCGACAUAUAUAUUAUUUUCUUUUGAUUCUCGAAUGUGAAAGAUAUGUUGUAAACAUUGAUACUUGUGUUCAGUUAUAAAAUAAAAUUCUAAUGGCUUUUG